UGUAUACUCGUGGACGUAGGCGUCGUUGCAGCAGUAUAUUCGCGCUGUUUUUUUCGCACUCUCACGCACUCAACCGAGGCUCGCGAGCCAACAACGUGUGAGGCGCUGUAAAAACGCCGGUGCUUUCUCCGAGCUACGAGAGCAACCAUUUCAUCCCUCGUGUCCGAGACGCUGUUGAAUUGUCAAUCAACGUCUUGUAGCUUUUCCCGUGACGACAACCAACAACAGCUUAUCAGCAGCUCUGGCGCUGGAAGCCUGGGUGACAAAAUACACCGGACUAAGCAGCGAUUGCACAAAAGAGUAAAGUUAAUAAAUAAGGCGAUCGCGCGACGACAUUAGAGGAAGGAACCGUUUGCGGCGCUGCACGAUUAUUACGAGCAAGCGAGAAUCGGCGGGCAUACCUCGGCGGCGUGUUUACGUUCGAGCGAAAGGCGUUUCGUCACUUGCACGAGUGCAUCGCGAGGAAAGAAUCGCGGAAAGAGAGAUCGCGCGUGGCAGGAAGCUCUCGGCGGUGGCAGCAGCUCGUCAACGCUCGACAGGGAAGGCAGCUCUCCAACCGCUACAAUGACGAUGACGGACCCGAUGGACGAGCUCUACGGGGUCUUCUGCGUGAUCGUUGCGAUGGUGGUUUUCGCGUGCGCCGCGAUCGGUUGCAAGACCUACAAAAACUACAAGAAGCGCAGUACGGACCUCGCGGACCUGGUCGAGGUGAAGAUCCCCAUGGACGAGCUGGCCGGGCCCAGGGGCUUCCCGAUCAUCGGAGCCCUGCACCAGCUCAGCGACAGCGGCGGACCCUUCGAGGCGUUCACCCGCUUGUCCCAGAUGUACGGCGAGAUGUACGCGAUCCAGCUGGGCUCGGCCAAGUGCGUCGUCGUGAGCAACAUUGCCCUCGCCAAGGAGGUUCUUAUCACCCGGGGCUUCGACUUUGGAGGCCGGCCCGACUUUCUUCGCUUCCACUCGUUGUUCGGCGGCGAUCGGAACAAUUCGUUGGCGCUGUGCGACUGGUCAUCCCUGCAGAAGAGGCGGCGCAGCAUCGCUCGAGUCUUCUGUUUCCCGCGACAAGGAGGAAAUCACAUGACCGCCUUGUCGGACGUCAGCAUCCAGGAGAUGAACAGCUGCCUGGACUAUCUGUGCAAGGAGAGCACGAGGCCGAUCAUUGAGGGCAGGGAGCCUUUCAAGCCCAUAAUCAUGCGCACGAUCGCCAACAUCUUCACGAAUUACAUGUGCUCGAUGAGCUUCGGCUACGACGACGCCAAGUUCAACGAGAUCGUCACGACCUUCGACAAGAUCUUCUGGGACAUCAACCAGGGCUACGCCCUCGACUUUUUGCCCUGGCUCAAACCCUUUUACAAGAAGCACCUCGACACCCUCAACGAUUGGGCCUCGACGAUUCGCAGCUUCCUCCUCGAGCGCAUAAUCAACAAAAAGUACGAAAAAUUGCAGAACGGGGGCAAGCCGAGCGACUUCACCGAGACCCUGCUCGAGCAUCACUUGUCGCCCGAGUCCGACCUGACCUGGGAGCACAUCAUGUUCGAGCUGGAGGACUUUAUCGGCGGACACUCGGCGGUCGGCAACCUCCUCACCAUGAUCUUCGUCUAUCUGGCCAAGAACCCCGAGGCCCAGCGAAAGAUAUACGACGAGGUCGAGCGGCUCAAGUUCGGCAAGCGCCAGAGGGAAGACUACGUGGUCUCGCUCUACGACAGAGAGGAGCUGCCCUACACGGAGGCCGUCAUGUGGGAGACGCUGCGCAUGUCGAGCUCGCCGAUCGUCCCCCACGUGGCCAUCACCGACACCUCCCUCGGCAACUGCACCAUCGACAAGGGCACCUGCGUCUUCAUCAACAAUUACGAAUUGAACCUCGGCACGUCCUACUGGGGCGACGACGCCCGAGAAUUCAAACCCGAACGAUUCAUACGCAGCGUCAAGGACGAACGGGGUAAUUCCAAGGACUGUCCCGUCAAACCCGCGCACUUUUUGCCCUUCUCCACGGGAAAACGUACGUGCAUAGGCCAGCGCUUGGUCCAGUCGAUAUCCUUUGUAUUCCUCUCCAACUUCGUCUGGAAGUACGAGCUCCAAGUGCCCGACGGACAGGACCCUAUGGAUUACGUGCAGCCGAGUUGCGUCGCGCUACCCCCCGAAUGCUUUAAUCUGAAAUUCGUCGAGCGCCAUCCGAGCAGAAAAGUACCGGCCGCCAAGAGCCCGCAAGAAAACGAAACUCCCGUCGAGCUUUCUUCGAGCGUCCGUUGAGCGAUGAAAGAGCCGAGCGAUGCACCUGACAUUUGCAUUCGCGCCUUGAAUUUAUGUAUUGCCCUUCCUUUGACACGCAAAAUUACUUAUUUACGUGACUUCGUGGACUAUCAUUUUUAGUCUUUAGAGAGCUUACCGAAGCCGGGCUGAUAAGCGACAUUUUCGAAGCAUGUCUUUGGCAAUUUUUUCAUCGAUACUUUUGAAAAAAGCUAUUAAAAUCAAAGAAAUGGACUUUGAAAUUUUCCACUAUUACCCUGGCUUUCGUAUGCUUUGGAAAAAAAAUGGAUAACAGUAAGUUUAUCAUAACAGUAUUUUGUUAAGGAACCGACAUCCUGGUGGCGACUCUGGGUUUCGCCAGUAUCCUUUCUUAGUGUGAUUCUACUGAGCAUAUUAGCUUUUUAUUUUACGUACCAAAUGCAUUUUUUGGUCAAAUAGUCAUAAUUCAGUAUCUUUUCCGCUACAACGACCCUUAUAUGACUUUAUUUUAUCGGCAGAUCGUACGUGCGUUAAAAUUUACCCAUAAACUCUCACUUUCGUACCUUCCUCAUUCGUGAUAGUGUAUGCGUCAAAAUUCAAACUGCGCAGAUUUAUAUUUUUGAAAAUAAAACAAACACGGUAUGAAUUUUUUUUACAAAUUUUAUCUAGUUUAAGAGAAAUGUAUCGAGUCAAAAAAUAAUAUGAUCAAAAGUAAUGGGUGUAAGUCAGUGAAAAAUAAGUUAAAACUUGCGAUUCACUAAAAUAUGCAUAUCAUUAAAAGAUGAUGUUACUGACAAGACUGAUUGUCAUUUUUUUAGCAUUUAAGUAUGUAUUUUAAUUUAUCAGUGCUUCAUCCAAGUCAAUGAAUUCGAGAUUAAUUAUAAUAUUAUUUAAUUUUAUUGGCUUUUAUACGGAAGAAAGAUAUUUUUAUUUUAUCUCUUCUUGAAAAUUUUAUUGAAAUUUCUUCGAACAAUUCCAAAACCUCACCAAGAUCAUUAUUAAACUUAUAUAUUACUGUAAAUAUAUCAAUUAAAAUUGUAAAUCUAAUUAAUUGAAACAUCACUGACUUUUUUAAUAGUAGUUAUGUUAAUUUAUCUUAAGUAUGCUUCGUUCCUGUAGUCAGAGGCGCUCAUAUUUACGUGAAUAAGAUUUACUUCAUAUUGUCGAUGGUGUGAACGCUUUGUUGUACAUGAGCAUAAAGCUUUAACUGUGGUUUUCGUAAGAUCAUUGUAUUUGAAAAGCCAGGCAGCAACAUCAAUCUGUAAAUAGACAAUAAU